CAACUCAUGUCCAUCCACGCCACGAAUUACUAGUUCGAGCCGGUACGUAACUUCCAUUUCUUGAUAGUCACCCAACCUAAGGACGGCGACCACAUCCGAACAAUUACGCGAACGAAGCGAGACGUGUCGAUAUGUCGUCCAGUGAGAGACGUUACAUAGUGGCUUCUUAGCGACGAGCAUCGUGCCAGCUCGAGUGGGGCACCCAUCCAUGAGUCGUCAGUGCUCUGAGAAAUCACCACUGUUGCGAAGAUACGCGAGAGCUUGACGCCAAAGGCACCCUGAAACUGCCCGAGGGUCCCGUCUGGACUGAUAAGCAUGACACCGUUCCAGCGGCGUACGGCACGCCAGGUCUCCCUGUCAGUAGACCAACGAGGCAGCUGCUUCGCUUUAACAUUGAUGAUGAAGCUGCUGACACAGUGCAGUCUGUUGUGGGCAGAUAGCAGAGAAGCAUCAGGACUGAGUUGCCACACGACGGUGGUGGAGUGCACGACGGUGGCGGUGGAGCUAUUUAUUGGCUCUGCAAUGCAUGACCACGGCCUGAACGGUGAGGCGCAUGCUGCGCGCAAAAGGGAUCUUUGUACGAGGCGUCGUCUCUGUGCAUCACCGGCACUGUGCCGAAUGGUCCAUACGGCCCAGGCCCGUCAGUCUCCUCAUAGGGCCGAGUACGAGUUGUAACGGAGGCGGCCAAACCAAGUAAGGACAGGGAGAU